AUGGCUUCUCUUUCGGCUGAUAUUCUUCUACGCCUACCGUUUGCAGCAUGGGGUUCUGAGAGCAUAGCUGCACCAGCUCAGACUUUCCGCCUUCGUAAAGUUUUCCUGUGCUUCGACUCGCGGGGCUUCAGACCGAGCAGGCGGCUAGCUCGUAUGAUGGGCAAACCAUGGGACAAGCACCAGGGCGAGAUCAUCAAGCUCUACAAAGAUGACAGAAAGACGCUUGACGAGGUGAUGAAAAUAAUGGAGAGGGAGUGGCAAUUCAAAGCAUCGAGACGAGCUUACCGAGGAAGAUUCAAGAGAUGGGGUAUCGGGAAAUAUACUCUCACCAAGAACAAGACCCCCAAGGCCAGCGCCGAGAAGCUUGAUAACCACCAGCAGGAGAGCUCGCCAAACCCUCCUUUCCGCUUCAUGGCUGGACAGAGCAUAACACCAACUAGAACUUUGAGUAACAACAGUGGGAUUGAACGCUCACGCAACUUCUGGGAGGACGCCGAGCUAUCCAGGCAAGAGAUUGACGAGCUUAACCGCAACACAAAUACAUCGUUGUACGUCUCUGAUUCGGUCGCGCUUCUCUGUCUGACUAUUUCGUCAUCCAGCUUGAUCUAG